GGGCGAUCUUCUUGUUAUGUCUCACGCUUCUUACUUGCAUCGGCGAUCUUCUUGUAAUGUCUCGUGCUUCUUACUUGCAUGGGCGAUCUUCUUGUUAUGUCUUACGCUUCUUACUUGCAUGGGCGAUCUUCUUGUAAUGUUUUACGCUUCUUACUUGCAUGGGCGAUCUUCUUGUAAUGUCUCGCGCUUCUUACUUGCAUGGGCGAUCUUCUUGUAAUGUCUUACGCUUCUUACUUGCAUCGGCGAUCUUCUUGUAAUGUCUUACGCUUCUUACGUGCAUGGGCGAUCUUCUUGUAAUGUCUUACGCUUCUUACGUGCAUGGGCGAUCUUCUUGUUUUGUCUCGUGCUUCUUACGUGCAUGGGCGAUCUUCUUGUUUUGUCUCGCGCUUCUUACUUGCAUGGGCGAUCUUCUUGUAAUGUCUCGCGCUUCUUACUCGCAUGGGCGAUCUUCUUGUAAUGUCUCGCGCUUCUUACUCGCAUGGGCGAUCUUCUUGUAAUUUCUCACGCUUCUUACUUGCAUGGGCGAUCUUCUUGUUAUGUCUCGCGCUUCUUACUUGCAUGGGCGAUCUUCUUGUUAUGUCUUACGCUUCUUACUUGCAUGGGCGAUCUUCUUGUAAUGUUUUACGCUUCUUAACUUGCAUGGGCGAUCUUCUUUUGUAAUACAGGUUGUUUACCAUUUAAUCAGAAAUUCCGGUACUUCUAGCUAUAUUGUAAAUGGUAACAUUCCUAUCCCCGGAAAAAUUUCGGAAUAUGUGGAAUUGCUUGAAAGGUAUUGGCAGUUUUCCAUAGAAUAUUCGACCGAGACCCCCAUCGGCCACUAUUCCCCAGGACCCCAAAAAGUAGAAUAUCUGGGGAGAGAAGGAAAUGGUAUAGAGUCACCCCAGAAAUUCUGGAAUAUAGGAAACUGUUCCUUAUCUUUAUGGCAUUCCGGAAAAACUGGGAUCUCAUUCCGGAAUUUCCGAUUAAAUGGUAAACUACCACACUGUCGGCUUUUAUUAGAUACCAGCUCCAAUGCCAUUACGAAUUAAAGUCCUACAAAGAAAUCUUUGUCUCAACCCAGAUUUCAUGUCAAACUAGUCAUAUUUCCUUCAUGUAGCAUUUAAAAAUGUAUAAGCAUUAUAAUGUAUCACUUCUCUGAGAGUAUUUAUUGUUGGGUUUAGAUAUAAAAAAAGUUAACAAAAGUCUUUGUUAAUACAGAUUGAGCUAUAGAAGUCAUAGAAUAUGAGAAAGGGGCCAUAAUCACCUGGAGGAAAAUACUAUGUUUACCCCCCACCCCUUUAAGCCCUCUUGAGUAUAAGCAGCUUAUGAAAACGAGCCAAGAGAACUCGCAGUUUAUCUAUAUAGACCUACGGGGAGUUUCUCGAGCUCACAACAAACACCCUGGAUACUGGCUACACAGCGCCUUUGCAUCGAUGCCUACACAGCACCGAGAAUUGUACACGAUCGCCAAGAUUUCGAUACAAAGGAAAUACAACAAAUUAAUUUCGCAGGAACGUGGGACGUGGAACAGCAGAAGAUAUUUAGCGCUAAGGCAAAAUCAUGUCGAUACUUCCCGUCAUGCUCGUGUUCGCCUCUAUCCGAGGUCACGUGAUCGCGCAAACAUGCCCACAGGGGGUUUGCUACGGAGGUGCUUUCAAGGCCAAGGAAGGCAUAAAGGGGCAGCAUUUGCUUGGGUUCUCGUACAAGAACCUCAGCACGGUCCGUCAUGCCCAGGGGUGCUUCUCGGCGUGUGCGAAUGAGUGCCUCUGCAGGUCGUAUCAGGUGUCAAGUACGGGAUGCGAGUUACUGGAGGAAGACAAGGAUUCAAGAACUCUUAAGCCAAAUUCUGACUACAUAUACUUCGACCUGAAACAAAAGGUCGUCCCUUCGGCAUCUUCCUUGUCGUACCCAUCCGUCUGUAGAAAUGGCUGCUGUCUCGCCAACCCCUGUCUGAAUGGCGGAACGUGCACAGAGAAGUGCGAGCACCCGAAAACCAAGUUCGUCUGCAAUUGUCCGACUAAUGCCACAGGGAAACGAUGCGAGCAAUUCUUCUGGCCCAAGUCCUGCCUUGACUUCUACAAAGCACACAACGCACCAGCUAAACCACCGAGGGGUGUUUAUACGAUCUUCAAAAAUGAUAAUAUCACAGAAGUAAAAAGAUACUGUGAUUUCACACCGCCAAAUAAAGCAUGGACUUUGAUUGAAUCCUAUGCUGCGAAGCACAGAGUGGAAUUUGAAGCAAAGUCUUUUUUGGAUGACUACCCCGUCAAUCAAGAGACUCCUGGACAACACGAGAAGUACCGACUAGCGAGGGCAGCCAUGCAGAUGAUCAAAGCCACAGCGGUGUCGUACCGAGUUACAUGCAAGUUCCUUAGCAGGGAGAACGUAACUGAUCGAGACUACCUCGAAGGACGAUUGUCAACAUGGGACAUCAUAGAUGAGGCGAGUACUUCCAGAUCAUCCUGCUGUAAAACAGUGACAUAUGUGAACAUCGAGGGUCAUAGUUGCUCGAAUUGCACUCUUGCGCUCUUCCAAAAGAAAGGGGAUUGGCAUUUUCACGCCCACCCUAACGUAGGCUACGAUCUCAUUCCACCCACAUAUAAAGACACAAGUAAACAGAUUUUCGGUAAAUAUAACCCCGGCCAGUAUCAUUCAUUCCUGGGCUACGACUCUCCAGACUCAACCACAGAGUAUUGGUUGGGACAGGAAAUGCCAUGAACUAUGGAUUUACAAGGCAAUGCCAUGAACUAUGGAUUUACAAGGCAAUGCAAUGAACUUUUGAUUUACAAGGAAAUGCCGUGAACUAUUGAUUUACAAGGAAAUGACGUGAACUAUUGAUUUACAAUGAAAUGCCAUGAACCAUUGAUUUACAAGGAAAUGCCAUGAACUAUUGAUUUACAAGGAAAUGCCGUUUACUAUUGAUUUACAAGGAAAUGCCGUGAAUUAUUGAUUUACAAGGACAUGCCAUGAACUAUUGAUUUACAAGGAAAUGCCGUGAACUAUGAUUUACAAGGACAUGCCAUGAACUAUUGAUUUACAAGUAAAUGCCAUGAACUAUUGAUUUACAAGGAAAUGCCGUUUACUAUUGAUUUACAAGGAAAUGCCGUGAACUAUUGAUUUACAAGGACAUGCCAUGAACUAUUGAUUUACAAGUAAAUGCCAUGAACUAUUGAUUUACAAGGAAAUGCCGUUUACUAUUGAUUUACAAGGAAAUGCCGUGAACUAUUGAUUUACGAGGAAAUGCCGUGAACUAUUGAUUUACAAGGAAAUGCCAUAAAACAUUGAUUUACAAGGAAAUGCC